CCCCUUCCCCCCACUGGAUCUUCAGCAUCCUUUCAAUCUGCACCGGCUGCACCUUACGUGGCCCGCAUAUUGUUCCCUGAAACCAGCAUUGAGAUUGGUUGACGGCGCCUCGGCAGCCUUAACCUUAGACAUUGCGAGGCAGAAGGAUCGCGAGCAGACGCGAGUGUUUCAAUGGCCACCCAGCAUAGCCUCAUUCUGAUCGCCGUCAUCGUGCUAACUUUCUCCAUCAGUCAGCACUUUAUAUCGAAGCAUGUGAAGAGAAUAUCACAGCGAAUUCAAUGCAAUUCAAGUUGGUUGCAAUUAUACAUGAAAUUCUUUGUGUUUUGUGGGCCAUCUCAUCUCUGUCGGUGUGAUGGACCUAUUCUUGGUCCGACGUUGCAUUUGGGGGCUUUUGGGCUUAAGGUUAAUGGCUUGAGGCUGUGCCAGCGUGCAGCCGCAGCCUGGUCUGAGAUAUUGAUGCCAGCAGUGGGCAGCAUCACGAUGAUGAUCAACGAGCCGCAUAUGCAUAACCGCCAGCCUUGCCUCUGAUCCAUCUGAACAUUUCCUCCAUCAUGAGCGAGCCUU